AAUGAUCACAUUAUUUCCCAUCAUUUCCGCUUCAAAGCUUCACUUUUAAAAUGCCUGCGCACAUUUUGUAUUAUUAUAUAUUUGAUUUGUGUUGAGAUUUCCGGCAGCUGUUGGCGACGGUCUUCUCAGCUGCACCUUUAUAAACUAGCUCCUGGAGCUUGUUAACUGCCACUACAUUGUUCUCACUUACCACAGUGGAGUUUUCAUCAUUUCCAGUUUUGAAGCAGGUAAUAUGGGAGUUAACUUCAAGCACAAAACAAUUAUGAAGGUGAAUCUUGUCAGUAAGAAGUUGAUAAAGCCUUACAAGCCAACUCCAUUACACCUCCGCACUUACAAGAUAUCACUGAUGGACGAAACCAACCCAUCAAUGCAUGUCAUUCGCAUUCUAUUCUAUCCAUUUGACCAAGUUGUCAAUAGCAAACAUAUUUGGUCUUUAGAAGAAUCAUUGUCACAAGUGUUGCCUCUAUUUUACCCACUAGCCGGAAGAUACCACAAAGAAAAAAACUAUGUUGACUGUAAUGAUGAGGGUGCUGAGUUCUCAAUAGCAGAAGUGGACUGCAAACUUCAUCAACUCAUUGGCCCUAAAGUAAAUCCCGAGCAGCUCAACCUCCUCCUCCCACUAGAAAUAGGUGCAGCUGAUGAGCUAACCGACCCCAUGCUGGCAGUCCAAAUUAACAAGUUCCUAUGUGGUGGUAUGGCAAUCGGUAUAUGUUCUUCACAUAGGAUUUUUGAUUCUUGCUCACAGUCAAUAUUUCUCAAAGCCUGGUCCAAUGUUGCUAUUGACAGGGGACUAGAGAUAUGCCCAAAUUUUGACUCUCCCACUUACUUUCCCCCUCAGAAUCUUGACCCAAUUCAAUUUGGGGUGUCUAGAACUAGAGAUACCAGUAUUCUCACCAAGAGGUUUGUGUUUGAUAAAAAUGCAAUAUAUAUGUUGCGAGAGAGGUUGAGCCCAGAAUGGAGAAACGAACGGCCACCAUCUAGAGUGGUGGUGGUGUCCGCAGUCGUAACACAGGCUAUUUUGUGCUCUGAUAGGAAAAAAUAUGGCAAGUCAAGAGCUUCUAUCAUCAGCCAAGCGGUCAAUGUUCGGGAAAGGACUAUUCCACCGAUUUCGAAAUAUGCUUGUGGCUAUUGGGCUUCCAUGUCCAUCUUGAAGUCCACGGCAGAUGAGAGUUAUGCCCUAGAAUGCAAUUUCUUUGAAAUAGUUUCAAAGAUGCGCAAGAUUAUCAUCCAGGGCAUUAAAGACUGUGAAAGGAUAUUGUCCGAUAGAGAGUUUGGACGAAAGGUUUUGAUUGAUUGUGAAUUUGAAGUAGCACAGAAAUCAGAUAGCCCUGAGACGAAGGUUAUAUAGAUUUCAGAUUGGUCUAAGUUUGAAGACUAUGAACUGGACUUUGGAUACGGGAAACCCAUUUGGGCAAGCUUGGCUAAUGUACCUCUUCAAGACUUUAUGAUCCUGAUGAACACGAAAGAUAACGAUGGUAUUGAAGCCUGGGUGUCCAUGCAUGAGUCCGACAUGUCUUAUUUGGAACAGAAUGAGGAUCUUAGGAUGCUUACCACUCAACUAGCUGGUCAAAAGAUUUAACCUAGCUGCUUAAUUUAGUUUCCAAGUCAAACAUAAUACUGGUCAUGUUCUCGAUUAUUGUUGUGUUUUUAUGUAUUGUACUUAUUAUUAAUUUGGUGCAAUCAGACCAAGAAUAAUAUGCAAUCACCAUAUUACACGUUCAUUCUUGGCCUUCAACUUAUACCAUACGUCAAAGAAAGGAGACUCGCUUUGGGACACAUGCGAAUA